AUGCAGUAUGAUAUAGUAUGUGUUUGUGAAACUUGGCUGAACGAUUUUAUUCUUGAUAAUGAAAUCCUACCUGGCUAUACCAUCCACAGAAAAGGCCGUCGCGAUAAUAUGAGAGGUGGUGGAGUCCAUAAUGUUGCUGUGAGAAACGAACUACGCUCAUCUAAAAAACUGUUAUUGGAAGGAGAACAGAGUGAACCACUAAUGAUGGAACUUUAUCCAGUAAACUGUACGAAACCCAUACUAGGAGUUUUCUAUAGACCUCCAAACUCUGACGUGGAUACCCUAAAAGAGCUGAGAAACUCUCUCGAUCGGUUGGAAGAAUCAUGUCAACUUGUUCUGGUCAGUGAUUUGAACUUACCCGAUAUUGAUUGGUCAAUGGACUUUCCUUCCCCCACCUCGCAGGCUGGUUUCAAAGAAGAACUUUUUUGUGAUAUUAUUGCAGAUCAGUUCCUUUAUGAAAAUAUUGAUGGUCCGACACAUCUGCGUGGAAAUAAACUAGACUGCGUUUUAUGUAACGUCCCGGAGCUCAUCACUGAUGUCAACUUUGUGAAUCCAACUGAUCUGUUUCCAUCUGAUCAUUACUUUAUUAAAUUCGACAUCAAACUUUGUUUCCAAAAGGCAAAAGCGGUAAGACGAACAGUGUAUGACUUUAAAAACGCAAAUUUCAACGCUGCUCGUGAUCAUCUCUUGUACGUCCCUCUUCACUUCUGCGUAUAUAUGUAAUGGCUUCUUACAGCUAUAGAUCAGUUUGUCCCCAAGAAAACAGUUUUGAAUACCAACACGCCUCCUUGGAUAGACCGUGAAGUAAAGCAUCUGACCAAUAAGAAGUACACAGCUCUACGUCACUAUCGACUGAAACGAACGGAAGAAAGAAAGCGUAAAUUGCGAAAGUUGACGCAAGAAACUAAGAACUUACCUGAUUAAGCUAAAGCGACAAUGAUGUUUAGAAAAAGUUCAGGAUUCGUUCACAAAAUCGCCCAAAUCAUUCUGGUCCUACCAUAAACAUAUCCUUCGCAACCGAAUUUCUCCAUCUACGAAUACCUAUAACAAUGUAACUGCAACAACACCGAACAAAAAGGCUGAACUUUUUAAUGAAUUCUUUGCUUCUGUGUUUCUUCCAAAGUCCACUUCCAAGAAUAUAAACCUAAACAUGACUCCAAAAACUGACCAAGAAAUAUCUCAAAUACAGAUUUCGGAGUAUGAAGUGGAGCAAUGUUUAAACAACUUGGACACAUCAAAAGCUUAUGGCCCUGAUGGAAUACCACCACGUUUGCUUAAAGAAUGUUCAAAAGAAAUCUCACCAAGCCUCUGUAGUUUAUUUAACAAAUCCUUAGCAACAGGACGUGUUUCCGUUGGGUGGAAACAAACGAAUGGUAUUUCCAUUCACAAGAAGGACCGUGUUGAGCCCGUUACCAACUACAGAUCCAUUUCUCUCCUAUCCAUACUAUCGAACGUUCUCGAGAGAAGCGUGUUUAACAGCAUCUGUUUAUACGAUUGA